AUGCCAGCGGUCGGUGCUGGGAUACGUAUCUUCGAGCUCCUCGAAAGGGCACCACCUAUCCCUUUAUCAGGAGAACCUGUUGCUCUGACUAGGAGGGGAACAGUAUCGUUUGAGAGUGUUUCGUUUGAGUAUCCGAGUCGACCAGGAGUUCGAGUUUUGAAGGAUUUUAAUUUGAAACUCGACGUCGGGGAGGAUGUUGCAAUCGUCGGACAGAGUGGAAGUGGCAAAUCAAGUGUCCAGUGUCUUCUUUUACGGUAUUACGACCCCGUAAGCGGGCGUAUCACUUAUGACGGCCAGGUACGGCAAUUCUCAUAUCCCAUAUUCUUCAAUAACCGGCCGUCUCGUAUAACCGCAAUAAACUUCGACCGUAUAGACAUUCAUGAAUUCAACCCGUAUCCUUGGUUUAAUCUGAUUGGUACCGUUCCUCAAAACCUCGCCCUCUUCACAGGGCCGAUCGCAUCCAACGAGGUAGCUGCUCGGCAAGCGAAUUGGGGAAUGCCGAAAGGAUUUGAUAGUGAAAGUGAGUGUCUCUGUUUGGAAGAGACAAAUGGUACUGAUGGUGGAAUGGAUUGGAAGUUGGGAGACUAG